AUGGAAGGUUGGUUGGCAGACCCAAUUGUGAGUUGUUUGUUUGAAGGGAAAACGACGGGCAUUAAAGAAGUGGGGUCUGCGUUAGAAAUUGGAGGAGGGUGGGUGCAUUAUCAUCUUCCAUCCCUUUCCGCACUCUACCACCACAUCAUCACUUUCAGCUUGAGGUAUGUUGGGUGA